AUGGAAAGAUGCAAGGUCAUCUCUACUGACAAAACUACAGUUGUCAUCCAAAUAAAUCCACAGGAGGCAAAAGACAGCGUUAUUUUUGUUGAUGGACAGCAGGCCAGAGGAACAAAUCUCAAUACAACUCUUAAAGGAUUUUUAAAAGCACAACCAAAGGCACUGGGGACUGUACAGAUAAUGAUUGGAGUGAUGGUCUUCUUACUUGGUAUUCUACACACCACAAAUUUCUACAAAUACUCUGCUAUUGUUGUCUAUAGUGGCAUCACCUACUGGGGAUCUUUCAUUUACAUCAGUGCUGGCUCUCUGUCUGUUGCUGCGCAGAAAAAACUUAAUCCGUGUGUGGUGAAAGCCUCUCUUGGAAUGAAUGUGGUCAGUGCCGUAACUGCAGGACUAGCCAUUGUACUGAUGGGCAUACAAUUAAGAGUAAUAUCAAUGGAUCAUUCAAGUUCACAUGCUGAGUUUUUAAAUGCCGCUAUUUAUUGA